AUGAAUUUAGAAAAAGAAGUUACAUUAUUCACACUGUUUCAAGCUAUUAAUUCGUUACCUAAUCAUUUAAUUAAUGAAGCAUACGACAACGUUUAUAACUUCUGCAGUUUAACAGAAAAUGCAAAAAGUAAUUUUGAAAAAGCACGUGAUAGAUAUGCACAUUUAAUGACUUCUCCAUUUGUUUUGGUGAAGAUUCUAAAACUUUAUCAAAAGGAAUAUUAUGAUGAAUAUGUUUUACCUUUAUUACGUAAGCCAAAAAUAACAUUUGAUAUAAAACUUGAUGACUCGUUUUUGAUAACAGAUAUUAGACGUAAAGCUGAAAAUCAUCAGUAUAAAAACAGUUCUGAAGUAAUUGAGGAUUUAUCACGUGUCAUUCGUUUUGUAGAUUGUGGAAACAAAUACUUCAUUCAAAAAGACUAUAAUAUUCAUGAUAAAAUGAAUCAAAUAUCAUUCGUUCUUCAAUCAAACAUGAAAGAGUCACUCAAAAUGAUUAAAUUAUUUAAAGAAGAAGGUAAAACCAUAACAGCAUGGGACGUACUACUAAAUCAAUUAUCCUCAUUAACCGUUAUGGGUGUUUGCUUUAAAUCUGAUUCCCCAGAUGUUUUCUCAACGUUUCAAGGUUAUAAAUACAACGUUCUCGAAAAGCCUGAUUACUCAAAAAUUGAGAUGUUUAUGAAUUUCAUUAAAGAAGCCAUUUGUGAUAAUAACGAUGAAGUGUAUAAAUACCUACUCGGCUGGAUUGCAUCAAUGAUUCAACAUCCCGGAAUCAAGAAUGAAACAGCAAUUAUUUUGAAAGGACUUCAGGGAAUAGGUAAAAACAGAUUUACAGACAUUAUUUCUGAACUUCUCGCUGGUUAUUCAUGUAAAAACAUUACCGAAAUAAGUGAGCUAACGGGUAAUUUCAAUUCAGUUGUUGAAAAUAAAAUGUUUCUUGUACUUAAUGAACUCAAGAAUGUAGGUGAAGACAGACUCGCAAACUUCAACGCUUUGAAAUCAAUUAUAACGGAUAAUGAGAUAAGAAUUAAUGAAAAGAAUCAACCCAGAAGAACUGCUCAGAAU